UUUUUUUUUGUAAUUUGCUGUGUAUUUUAUGCGCUCGCCUGAGAGAAUGAGAGAGAAUUUUGUCUCAUCUCUCGUUAUUUUUACAUUUUUUCUCAUUUCGUUUUUGUGUGUCUUUCUUCAAUUUAGUUUAUUAAAGUUUUGUAGUUGUAGACGUGGUUUGUUAUUUUAAUCUAAGAACAUUAUAUUUUAAAAAUGUAUUCGGAAGAAAUAAGUGUGUAUUAUAAAACAAGUUCGGUUGACUUUAAAAGAACUCUGAUAAGUGUAAUUAAGAAACAUCCUAAAGUUUGGAAUGAAUCGAAGGAAGUGGAUGAUGAUUGGGAAAUUAUUCGAAAAGAAAUGGUUGAUAUGUGUACAAUAAAACAAUUACAGACAAUAUGGUCAACCUUACGAUCGUUAUACUUUCAAACAAUCUUCAUUCGAACCAUUGAACGUAACUUCGAAGCUCCACAGUGGUCAUUUUUUCACGAUAUGACUUUUAUGUACGCAAGCGUAAAAGAAGAAAUUCAAGAAAAACUUGGCGGUAUUUCACCGCCAUUAUUCAAACCAAGUUCCAAUCAAAUGUUAUCAUGUCCAUGUUGUGAACAUGUUGUUGAGUCUGAUUCAAAAUCAGUAACUCAAAUCGAUGAUAAGAUAAAAAAAGAGAUAAAAUUAGAGGACGAAAUUGUUGAUUCAAAACCAGUUACUCAAAUCGAUGAUGAGAUUAAGAAAGAGUUAAAAUUAGAAGACGAAAUUGGAACUGUUGCUUUAGAAACAGUACUCGAAAACGAUAAUGCGUACGAGUAUUUUGAUGAGAACUUUUUUGUUUCUGAAGAUGAACUUUCGACGAGUUCCAAAUGGGAAAGUGAAGAAGAAGAGUCUAACUCAUUGGAACCUCAACAAAAUGAGUCAAAUCUUAUUGAGUUACCAAGACAAGAAGUAACUUUUGAUGGGCCAAAGGAAGAUGAGGAAAUUAAAACUGAAUUGGCAAGUCCUGAUCCUUCUUCAGAGAUACCUCAGACCCAAGAUAAUGAUUUUAAUGAAAUUGCAAAAAAUGAAAAUCUGUCACAUUGUGAUAGUAAAAUGGACGAUUUCAAAGCCGAUCCAAUCGUCAAUGACACCUCUUUUGAAAAAAACGAACUUGAUAAUUUAAACAUUCAAAUGCUCGAAACCCGAUUGGAGAACGACGAUUCAGAUAGUUUUGAUUUUGACGAAGUAAUUUCGACAAGUUUCAAAUCGGAAAGCGAAGAACAGUCGAACUCAUCGGAAUCUGAACCAAAUCCAACUACUCUUUUGGAUUUACCAAUUGAAGAUGUAGAAAAAGAAAAGACUUCUGAUGGAAUCACUGAGAUAUUAAAAGAUAAGGACAACAAAUUUGAAUCCCCAAGUCUUCAUAACAAUGCUGACGAUAAUCACACUUCAAUAAACAUGCCUUUCCCAGUGCAUUUGAUUAAAACAAGCAAUCCAGUAAUUCAGUAUCAAAGUAAAGAUGCAAGUUCAAUUCAGGAAAAAAAGCUAACCUACAUACGGUCAACUAAUAUUAAACACAUAGAUAUAAAAUCAAAAAGGAGAAAUCAAUCACAAAUCUAUCGAACAAUAAACCGACUUGAACUUAUUGAAGCUAUCAAAGCCAAUCCAAUAACCUAUGACACGUCCUUGCAAACUAAUCGAAAGACUCUUACUGAUGCUUGGGAACGGAUAUCAAUGCAAUUAUUGGGACGUUUAAGUGUUCACUCGAUCAAAAAUCGUUGGGCUUGGAUCAAAAAUCAGUAUUUAAAGGAACUAGUUUAUGAGCGCUAUUCCACCGGGCAAAAAAAAUCCUUUUGGGAAUUUUUUAAAGACAUGGAAUUUCUACGGCCAUUCAUGCAAUCAGAAAUCAAUGAACUCCACUAUUUACGAUUGAAAAUGAAAGAAACAGUUAAAAAAAAUCAAGAAAGUCUCUUAAAAAAUGCACCACCUGAACCUGAUCCAGAUCGUUUAAAUGUCGAUUCAGUUUCUAAAACUUAUUGCAGACAACCUAAACCGAAGGUACAACCGCCCGUCUUGGAUCCGAGUACCAUGCCGAUUCUUCAAAAUCGUCCUAUAAAAAUAAAAGUCGUACAAGUUCCAUCAUCUAUUGAUCUGCCAAAUGAUGAGCGUGAAAAUUUAAAAACAAAUUGUUCGAUUAAACAAUAUCUACCUCCGCCAGCUAAGAAAUUGAAGUUAAGUAGCGAGUUUGAAGAAAGACUGCCUUCACCAACUAAUGUUUCAAAAUCACAAGUCUCAACACCAGAACCAUUACAAUUACAAGUACGGCAAUAUGAAAAAACUGUAGCUGCUUAUAUUGAUAUUGCCGCAAAAAAACAAACAAGGGCAACAUAUCAAUUAACACAAUUGCCAAAUAUUAAAAUUACCCCAAAAAUUCUAAAUUCUCUUCCUCAAAAACUAAUACCUAUUCAACGUACAGCUUCACAGUUUGUUCCUAAGAUUCAAAAGACAGUUUCUGAAAUACCAACUCGUCAGCCAGUUCCUAUAAACUUUAUUCCCGUAAUUCGAACACCUAUUCAAACUCCAGCUAGUCAAACAGGACGGCCUGUUGUUUCGAAUUCGAUCUUCUUAAAUCGAUCUGUUAAAAUCACGCCGAUAAGUGUUGUUCCUACUCUUGGUAUCAACAAUGCUGGUGGAGGCGGUACAAGUGCUUAUAAAGACAUUACAAGAACUCAAGGACUACCAAUAAAUAUGGGAAAUGAAGAAAUUAAAGAUAAAAGACCAUUAAAAGUUGUAAAAGUAAAGAAACUACGGAAAAUAUUGCCAGCAUCUUCUGCACCUGCUCCUUCACCACCUGUAACUAGUUUAACCCAUGAUCUAACGGAUAAAUCUCAAAAACAUGGAGUUCCACAUCAAAAAGUCUUCCCGCCAUUGGAUCUAACAUUAGAAGAUGAACUCCAUGAUGUUUCUUCGACUCCUGCUUUAAAGACUGCUACUGAAGCAUUCAAUAAUACUCACACAGUCCGUCCAACGCUAGAUCUUACCGCUGAUGAAGAAAAAGAUGCAGUAAUAGAACAUCAGGAUACAGGAAGAAGAAAAAAUAAUAAAGAUGAUAAUAAUGUUAUUUGCGUUGAUGAUGAUAAUGAUUCUGUUAGUUCGUUCGAUGAAGUUAUUGUUUAUCUUUCAGAGCAAAUACAAAAUGAAACAAAAUAA